CCUCGCGGCCAAGGGAGGCCGCGCUGCGGGCGCUGUGCGCCUGCGCGGGUGAGGCCCAACACGGGGAUGCGAGACCCCCGCCGGGAAAGCUCUGGUACAGACAGCAACUGCCCCUAUUGAAGCUCUCAGCAGUGUGCCAGCCAAGUGUGUAAAACUGCUCGCGCUUCUGUGCCGCUGGCUUCCUUCCACACACAGCGACAGACGAGCCUUCCUGAGAUGAGACUGCUGGUGCCGGCCCUGCCUGUCGCUUUGCCAAGAGCUAAGGCUUCACAGACCUCAGGGACUUCCUUCAGUACUCCCAGAAGCCUCCUGCACCUUGGUGAUGGCACAAAGGGACUGUUUUCUUCCUCGUGGUCUGAAUGACUGCCAAGAAGGAAGGCGAAGAUAGAGCACCUGGCUCGCUGGUCUCCCCGUGGCUCCUGAUCUCAGACCUGUUUUGGGCCCAAGAACAAAGCUCCUAAACAAAUGCUUUUGAGUCAUGAAUGAAAAAUCGUGCUCUUUCCAGAACGAGGAGGAAUUAAGUGAUGAACAGGUUGAAAGGGUGUCUGCCGAGUACUCUCCAUCAUGGCAUAAGGACAACAGUGCUCUGAAGGCUUUCCGAGGAAUUCCUAUCUCAGAGUUGAAGAACCAGAGUAUUCUCCAGGCCCUGACAGCAGAAGCUAACGGAUGGGAGCCAGCUGGUGUGAAUACUGAGGUGCUCAGAGCCCAGGAGGAAUGGGAAGCGGUGGACACCAUCCAGCCAGAGACAGGGAGCCGGGCCCGCGCAGAGCAGCCUGGGCAGCUGGUCUCUUUCAGUGAGGCUCUGCAGCAUUUCCAGACAGUGGACCUCUCCUCCUUCAAGAAAAGAAUCCAGCCAACCGUUCGAAGGACCGGGCUCGCUGCCCUCCGGCACUGCCUCUUCGGGCCUCCAAAGCUCCACCAGGGCCUUCGGGAAGAAAGGGACUUGGUUCUGACCAUUGCUCAGUGUGGCCUGGAUAGCCAAGACCCAAUGCAUGGCCGAGUCCUGCAGACCAUCUACAAGAAGUUGACUGGCUCCAAGUUUGACUGCGCCCUGCACGGAGACCACUGGGAAGACCUGGGCUUUCAGGGAGCAAAUCCAGCCACAGACCUGAGAGGGGCAGGCUUCCUUGCCCUCCUGCAUCUACUGUACCUGGUGAUGGACUCAAAGACCUGGCUGAUGGCACAGGAGAUCUUCCGCCUGUCUCGGCAUCACAUCCAGCAGUUUCCGUUCUGUCUGAUGUCCGUGAACAUCACCCGCAUCGCCAUCCAGGCCCUGAGGGAGGAGUGUCUGUCCAGGGAGUGUAACCGGCAGCAGAAGGUCAUCCCCGUAGUGAACAGCUUCUACGCGGCCACUUUCCUCCGGCUCGCCCAUGUCUGGAGGACCCAGGAGAAGACCAUCUCAGACUCGGGCUUUGUCCUCAAAGACCUGGAAGUGUUGGCCAAGAAGAGCCCACGACGGCUGCUCAAGACCCUAGACAUCUACCUGGCUGGGGUGUCAAAGGGCCAGACCUCUUUGUUGGGGGCCCAGAAGUGCCCUGGGCCUCAAGCCCCUCACGCCAAGGACCUCACCUUCACAGGCGUGUGUGACCUGCAGGCUCACUCAGCCGAAGGCUCCGGGCUGAUCUGAUGCUGCCCCACCGCAGCGGAGCAACGGAAAGACUUGAAGGCUGGGCUGCGGGGGCUUUCAGAGCGGCGCGUGGCCAGCCCUGUCCAGCACACCCUGGGCCGGCAGGAGCCGUGAGGGCAGAGCCGCCUCUGGGGCGGGGAGAAUCUUGCCUCAGUGUCAGUGGGGCUGCCGGCUGCAGGGUUGGGUUCCAGGCUGAGGUGCACCAGCACUGUGUGCAUCCUCCACGUAGCCCCGCACAGAAAGGACUCAAGGCAUCCACAGUUCUGACUGGCAGCUGGGCAUUAGGUAGAAUGAGACAGGGAAGAGGGCCGUGGCAACAGCCAGCAGGGGGCAGCAUAGCCCAGGGCAAGGUGCUGAGAGCACCAGUGGGCGUGGGCCUUCCUCUCCGGCAGCCACAGGGCUGCAUCAGGGUCCCUCUGGGCCCUCAGGCCUCACACCUAUCCCACCUUGCUCUUUCUCAGGCCCCCACCCCCUCCAGUGCUUACCAUCUAGAAAUGGGCUUUCAGCUCCCGGGGGCUGCCCUGUCCUCAAGCCAGGAGCUGGGGCUUCCUCCCGUGGAGGCUAGGCACCGUGUCAGGAGGGCGUCUUUCCAGUGGGUGGAGGGAGGAGGAAGUCAGCACACCAGCACUUUUCCAAUAAAGAACUGUUCUCGUUUAAGGGUCACAAGUGUUUACCCUUGGCCCCUUUGUUCCAG